AUGUACAGUCAGCAUGACGACCGCAGCCAGAGCAGUACCGCCCGAGCAUCAGCAGCUACGUCGGCACACCGGUACCGGUACGCGCAUCAGCACCGCCACCUGGAGGGCUACGGUUCGACCUCCACGCAAUCGUCAUCGCUGGAAAACCAAAGAUCCUACGAGCAACCGAAGCAGCAGCACCAGCAGCAACCACAUAGUGCCAGCACCGCGAGUGCCACGACGACCGGGAGUUUGUUCGGAGAUCCGGUGCUGCCGGCGACACGUCACGCCGAUCUGCUCGGCGGUGAAGAUCUGUACCAGAACCUGAAGAACAACAUUGAGCAGUACCACGCGAAGCUUUACAGUGCCCAAGAGAAGCAGCGCCAGGCGGAACGGGAUGCAUUGUUCGAGCAGUACACGAGUCGGGCGGCAGCAUCGGACCGUACGACGUACGGGCGGACGGGUUCGGCGGCGCCCGGGGUCAACCCGAUCGCCGGAAGUGGCGUCACAACGUACGAUGGGAUGCCUCCGAGGAGGCGCAGCAUCGCUAGGACCCAGUCGGCCGGAUUUGCCGCGGAUUUGGGGGCCAGUCGGUCGAACCUGCUCGAUAUGGAUCUGUUGAAGCCGAACGAGUGGAUCGACUUCACGGAGCACGAGUACCAGCACAGUCUGAUCCCGACCAACAGCCGCACGGUGGCCGACGUGCAGCAAUUGGCCAGUGGCAACAUGAGCCGUCGGAUCGAGAACGGUGUCUUCCAGAAUCCGAGGGCCGCAGCCGCUGCUCGGACACUACGGCGUAGCUCCACGACUGAUUCGAGUCUUUACGGGGUGCAUGCGGGUGCCACCUUCAGUGAGCUGGCCAACGGUGAACGGCCAACGUUUACGGUGCUGGGCCACGGCAUGGGGUAUGGCGCGGGCGACGAUGAUGCUGCGGCAAUGCCUUUCGGAGGAAUCCGAGAUCCGAGAUCGGGGUCGGCGAGCGAAACGAGCAGCGAGUACGAGCGGAUGCUACGGUACGGUCGGACCGAUCCAUCGACUGCCAUCAUUAGGGAUAAGAUCAACACUGGGUCCAACAAUAGAGUAUCCGACACCCGCCAGCAUAAGAACACCGCCUUCACCAUCAUCAGCGAGGUGCUGCCAAAGUCGAGUUCGUUCGAUCUGAUCGGAGGGGGUCGUUACUCGCCCUACCGCGACAAGCACCAGCUCGCCUCGUCCCGCAUUCUGUCCGCGAGCUCAGCCCUCACGGGUCACCCCCAGUCCGUGGGUUACUACGACUACGGAUCCGCGGGUUACGCCGAAUCGGGACCCGAGGAUGGUGGCAGCUCGCUUUACACGCGCCUUGGUCGUCGGCUCAGCCACUCGGAGCUAUCGCUCACCCCGAAUGGCCUUCAACCGGGGGGCGACCAACGGCGACCGCCACCGACGAAAGCCAGAACGUCCCUGUCGCUCGGUGGCAGCCAUCCGGGCCGAAAGCAGCGAGGCGUGCUGAAGGUGCUCCACAAGAAGGCGGAAGGCGGCGCCGGACGCCAAAGUGCCAAAGUGACAAUCACGCAAACGACGGACGGAGGCCGCAGCUCGGUGACACCGACCCCGAGUGAAAGCUACUCCGCCUCGGGGACCGCCACGACACCGGAUACCGACCUCAGCCGUAUCCCCGAGCAUCAACUGCGUAACAUGAAGCUGUUCGGCUACAAACCCUUCUCGAGCCGACCACCACCGCUCUCGCCGGUACCGGACAAAGGCUCCUCGAUGGAGAGUUCCCAGGCGGACCUGAAACUGGACAGCGCGGGAACCGAAGGAAAAAAGGACGAAAAAUCGGGCGGGCUCCGGGCGCCCGUCUUCAACAUCCGGGGGCUGCUCCUGUCACCUCGUUUGCGGGGCAAAAGUAAGGAGGCUUCACCUCAGAGACCACCCGAGGGAGCUGCGGCUGCGGCCCCGGCCGUUCAAGGCGUACUCACGGGGAAGGACGAGGCACCAGUUCCACCGGCCGCAGGUUCUCCGCCGAAGAAGCGACGCUUUAACCUCGCCCGCGCCAUCAUCGAGAGUGCGCGGCGAAGUGGCCCUGAACCGGAACCGGAACCGGAAAAGCCCCCACACGCACCGCCUCCGUCGCAGUCUGCGAAGGCAGCCAAAGGGAAGGACGACCCGAAGGAGGCGGCAGUCGGGAGCCGAAAGGCCGCCCUCCAGCGGCUAGGCAUCGUGCGAUCCGGAGUCCGCAAGGACUCGGAGGGGAACGGUGUGAAGGAGAAGCGAAAGCCGGCCGGUAGCGCAAAGGGAAAGAAGGCGCCGGCGAAGGGGAAGGAAGUGAAGCGGAAACCCACGACCGGGGGAUUAGGGUUACGCGGAAAGCUGCGCGGAGCGACGGGACGUGGACGGUACGAGGACGAGGAGGACGAUUACGAUCGUUACGACCCGUACGAGGAUCACGGUGACGACGAACGGGGGAAAAAGGGCAAGAAGAAGAAACCCACGACGGGUGGUGGUGGGAUGCUGAAGAGUGCCCUCAGCUACGCGGCCAGCUUCCGGUCGAAGAAGGAGCGCCCCGUCCCGGACACGGCGAGAGGUGGAACAGCCGGCCCGGGGGGUCGUUCGGGACGGCCAGGUGGAAAGCCAAGCGGGCCAGACAAGAGCCGAGGGCAACCGGUCGGAGGUGGAACACCCGGAAGUCGACGGAAGGACACGGCGAAGAGUGCCCAAAAGGAGGGAGCCCGCACGGGGACUAAACAGUCGGUGGUUGUGAGCGGUCGUGUGAAGAGCGGGAAGGCUGGGCCAGCCGGGGCGACCGGGUCAUCGAACCGGGCCAAGUCGGCGGUAGGAUCGAGGGGAAGGACCCUUCGAAGGAGCAGCUCUGCGCUGGCCAUGGAGACGGGGCAGCAGCGGCGGAUGAAUAAACUGUACGAGAAGAACCAGAAAGCCACUUCCAUAGGGGGCGGUGGUGGUGGUGCGGGGUCUGGCGCGGUUGGCCGCUCGGGUGCCAAGAACACCAGCUCGCUGGUGAGCGAACGGAAGGCUAAGGAAGCUGGUGGCAUCGCGAAGGGAGACAGUCGUGGAGAGAUUCGUGGAAAGGGCACUUCCGGCGGUGGGGACGCCGGUGGGACGCCUGCGUUUGAGAAGCGGGACUCGGAUCGAUCCCUGAAGAAAAGCGACAGCAACAAGUCCCUGGCGAAGAUGGCGGGCGGCAAGGGUAAGAAGAGCGACUCAAAGAGCUCACUGACGACGAAGCGAUCGGAUUCGCGGUCAAGCCUCCAUCAGAUGGCGGGUGGUGGCGUUGGUGGCGACGGAACGGACACUUCCGGUGCCGGUGAACUCGGAAAGAGUCCCCUCAAUUCUUUCGGCGAUGGAACGGGCGGUGCGGCGGAUGUGAAGUCGGCCCGACCGACACCAAAGCUACAGAGCAAAGGAUCGCUCCUGAGUUUGCUGAGUAUGAAGAGCGGCAGGCGCAAUGUGGAGGGUGGUGCUUCCGGUCAGCGACCGGAUACGGCUACGACGGCCAGUGUAGCGACUGCGGCGGCAGCGGAAGGAGCGAUCGGUGCUUCCUCGACACGCCUUCAAUCGGCUUCGGUGCGUGGGGCAGCAGCGGCCACCGCUUCCACCGGUGAGCCCGGUGAAGGAGGAGGAGCGGACAGUGGGUCAAGGGCGGCCGGGAUGAACGAGAGACCACCGAGCACGAAGCCUUUGCGGCGGCUGAUGAGUCGCGGGUCGCUGCUGUCGAUCAAAAGUAUCGCUCACGCUCGGUCCUUCACCAACCUGCGGCCACCGACAGCCGGUGGAACGGCCGCUAGCGGUGGCGAGGGAACUGAGGGGGAGCGGAAAUCGGCGAAGGGUGCCGGUGAGGGCGCGAUGGGUGGCCAAGCGAUGACCAAGGUGACGGAAGGCUCGCAGGAGCACGACGACACGACGGACACGGAGCCUAGCGCGGGUGGCGUCGGCGGUGGAGCCGAUGGGUCGAUGGGGGUGGCAACGCACGAGCUGACGGUGGCCGGCGACGGCGAGGGGGAGAAGGUUUCGAACGAGUACAACGGCGAGCGGCUGCUGACGAGCGGGGUGGGCGGAAGGCGCUCGCCGAUGGCCGACCAGCGCCAGAAGCAGGCGGGCAGCCCGGGGCCCGGGGACAACGUUUCAAGUGCCAACACGGAGUCGAUGCGCGACCGAACGGGAGGGCCGGCGGGCGGCGAUCACGGCGCGGGAACGGGCAGCAACAGCGACGAGUUUGAGGACGAGGAUACGCUCAAGUGCUCGAAAUGUUGCUGCGCCUGCUGUGCGCCGUGCUGGACGCGAACGUGUCUUCCGUUUAGGCGAUGCUUCCGGUGGAGCGGGUGCUGCGGUGGACGGCUCGGUAAGCGCAACGCGAACGGUGAACGGAAGACGACGACGACGAAGGCGAAAGCGGACGGAGCAGGCGGAACGGAACACACCGACCAUCGGACCGGGUGCUGGGCUCGGUUGCUCGGUUGCUGUCGGCGGUGUCGCAACUCGAAAACCUCACCGGAAACGGCGAUCGUGCCGCAUCGCCAGGGAGCGGAACCGGGGACCAAAAAGUCCUGCUGGCAGUCGCUCAACUGUUGCGCCAGCUGUCGGCGUAAUAAGUCGCGCGAGUUGGUGCCACGCUCGUCGAUCGACAGUGAUCCGGCGGACGAGGAGCACCGGUCCCGAUGCCGGUCGUGCUGGAGUAAGCUGCUGUGCUGCUGUCGACCGAAGGACAAGGGCAAGCCGACGACCACAGUCAAGCGCCACAGGAUGGAGGAACAGCCGGUCGAGAUGGAGACGGUCAAGUGCUGCUUCUGCUUCAAGCGCCAGCGGCCGAAGGUGAAGGCGAAACCGAAGCGCAAGGCGGCGGUCAAGUCCACGUUCAACUGCUUGAGUUGCUGCAUGAUGUGCUGCAAGAAGAAGGGUGACAACCAGAGCCGCCGGGCCAGCAACCUGAGCAAGAAGCAGAGCAUAGCGCCCACGAUUCCACCGGAGGAUCUGCGGCCAAAGAUCGACAUGUCGCUGGUGGAGCACUCCUCUUUGAUGCGUGGUGCCAUUCCGGUGUUGCCAAUCUGUUUGGCCUACUUUUGUCUGUUCCUCAACGUGGUUGCGCCCGGCUCGGGGACGGUCCUGUCCGGGGGGCUCUGCUUGUGCAUUGGUAAGCCACGCUUCUCGCAGCACGAUUCGAUCAAGGGUCGGAUCGGUUCGUUCAUCAUCAACUGUAUCGUCGGCGUGUCGCAGCUCUUCACGAUCAUCUUCUGUGUCGUCGGGUGGGGUUGGGCCAUCUGGUGGGGCACGAUCAUGCUGCGGCUGGCGAAGCAACACCGCAAGAUCCUGGAGAUGGAAGCGGCCCAGGAGGAGGGCGAAGAUCAGACGACGCUCUCGAACCGAACCGGGGCCUCCAACCCGCCGGUGGCGCUCGUCUCGAAAACUCACCGGGACGUGGAAACGGGUCGAUAG